AUGGAGCCAGGUGUGAGCCCUCGUGAGCUGCUCGUUUUCAAGAACUGUACUUGGAAUUGCACAUUCGUGUAUGCAGCCAAUCAGCCAGCGGAGACCCCGAGAAAAACCGGGAAAACAAAUAGCUUCUACUUUACUCAUUGUUGCAAUGGCAUGCGCUGCAAUUUAGGGGGACCCACUAAUGUAGAGAGGGACAUAGUAGACGAAAGAGUGAUUGAUGAGCCACUACUAGAAGGGACUGUGCGCUUGACGGCAUCAGCGGCCCUCCUGGUGUUUACCUCCAUCCUAGCCAGCAAUAUACUGAUAAGAGAACAGCUCCUUGGCGGGGUCCGCUAGCCCUCCCUUUCCUCAGAUCAGUUCUGUGCCGUGUCAUCCCCUUGAGACAUCCCCAGUCUCCCAGCUGGCCUGUUUAUGGUUUGCUAUAAG